AUGGCGUCACUCCGUCAUUGGACCCCCGUCUUCGAGGAUGUCAAGAUGGAGCACACAACCGUCUCAUCGACAGUCUUGUCCCUGCUCCCGACGUCAUUGCAAUCACGCUUGCCGCCCCUGCGCUCAGUCCAAAAAAGCGUCAGCAUGCAGACCUGCCAGACCAGCGUGACGAACAGGACGUCCUCCCAAGAGCCGGUCACACCAACGCCCACCCCCCGCGGCUCGCCCAAGAAGCAGAGCCGCAUCGCGGACAGCCCCUCUCGAAUGUCCUGCGCCUCUACAUUGCUGGACGAUGAAGCCCUCGAAUCGAGCCCCCCAAGCCCUCCGUCGGGCGUUCACUGGCGGUAUGCCUUGCAGGGUAUGUUCCUCAUCGUGGCCCGCCCUUCCUUCCACCCCCCUCUUACCCGGACUCAUAACGGCACAGGCCUCUCCCUUCUCUCGGUGGCGCAAGAUGAAGCCCGCCAGCCGCUCCCCAGCGCCGAGUUUGAGCGCAAAGCAUUCCUCGACGGCGCAGAGUACAUCCUGAAAGGCCUGCCCGCGGACCUCAGCCCGCUGGAGCUCGACCGCCUGCGCACGUCGGCGCCCCGCGCCCUCGUCCCGGGCCCGCAAGGAUGCAACUCGCCCCUGUCGAGCACACGGUGUCACUCGCCGUGCGGCCAUGCGGCGGCGUCGUCGUCGUCAUCGCCGGCACGGUCCCGGAAGUCACUGCUGCACCGGUGGGUGCAGGCGGCGGUGGUGCAGAUGUUCGUCCUCGCGCAUCUGGCGCUGCCGUACGUGGUGCUGCUCGCGCGGCUGGCGGCGCGGGCAGAGCGGGAGUACAACAUAUCACACAACGUGGCGAGCGCCGGGUGGGGGCUCGUCCACUCCAUUGGGGCGCAGGGGGUCAAGGCGACGGGCACGCUUUGCGGUAUCGGGGACGGCAGGGUCGGGCAGGCCAUUGCGGAGGCGGUGGCUUGGACGGUCGAGGGUGUGUCGGGGGGCCUGAGUGAGGGUGUCGGGCAGGGCAUGGUGAUCAUGAGUGCCUCGCGGCCGUAG